AUGCUUAGUCCAGCUUCAUCAAGUACCCUUCUGUUGUGUUUCCACUCUGUAGACAACAUAAGAAAGUGUAAAUCCCAUAAACACAAUCUUGAAAGUGUAAUGGUCAUGAAAUGGGAGGACGUUGAAAUCGGAGAACCAGAAGACGUGAAAAAUUCGAAUGAGAAAGAAAGUCAUCAGAGUAAAACUUCAUUGAUGUUUAUUUCCGUCAAAACAUCUGCAAAGCAACUUCAAUAUGGGGACGGUGGUAGUGGUAACAAUGGAGGUCCAGGACUAACCGGCCAGCGAGAGUCGGAGUCUCGAAGAUAUUGUCGCAUUUUCCGGUUUCCCCAUGGAAGCAUACUUUGA